AUGGCUAGCUCAAGAGUGAUAGGGGCUGCAUUCUUGAUCUUAUUUAUUCUAGACCUCACUUUUGCUGCUAGGUCACCCAAGGCAAUAGGUGGAGGAGGUGGAGGAGGGAGGGGCGGCGGUGGUGGUUCAGCAUCAGGACUUGGAUCAGGUUCUGGUCAUGGCUCAGGGUAUGGGUCUGGUGGUGGUGAGGGAUAUGGUGGUGAUCUUGGAGGAGGAGGGGGUGGGGGUGGGGGUGGGGGUGGAGGCGGCGGUGGAGGCGGUGGUAUGGGGUCAGGUAGUGGAUAUGGUUCUGGCUAUGGGUCUGGCAGUGGCUCAGGCUAUGGCUCCGGCAGUGGUGUAGGAGGAGGUGGGGGUGGAGGCACUGGGUUAGGAAAUGGGUCAGGCUAUGGAAGUGGAGGUGGAUCAGGAUAUGGAAGUGGCAAUGGUGGUGGAGGAGGAGCAUCCGGCUUUGGUUCUGGCUAUGGUAGUGGGUCAGGGUAUGGAUCAGGGUAUGGAGGGGAUGGUGAAUAUGGUUUGCCAUGA